AUUGAAGCGUGGCGUGUAGCCAAGGUCAUAAGGUCUGCGAAAGCUCCUAAAUGUCUACCUGUGAUGACUUACGCGAAUUUGAAGAACAGAUCAAGCUUCAAAAUACUACCCAUGUUAGUGUUGAGGUGAAAACAAGAGUGGACCCAGAUGGAACGGUUAUGGAGUGGGAUGAGAAACGGAAAGCCUGGUUUCCUAAAAUUGAUGACGAUUUCAUUGCACGAUAUCAAAUGAGUUACGGUGUGAAUACAAAUAAUCAGUGUGAAUCUUCUGAUAAUACAACAACAACAACUACUACUCCUGAACAGAAUGCAAACACUCCCGUAGACUGGACAACAUUCAAUGCACAAUUAGCUCAACUUAGAGCUGAUAAAGGCGAUGAUUGUGAAGAAGUCCAACAGUUGAUGAAAGCUGCCAAUGAAUCAUUAACUGCCUAUUAUAAUUCUCCUGCCUACCGUGAAUGGUAUGAAAAUUAUUGUAAACAACAGAAAGAUGUUGUUCAGCCCAUAAUAAUAAUAAUAAUCAUCCAACCAUGGAAUGUUCUAAAUCUGACCAGUUGCAGAAAACAUUGGCUGCAAAUAAAGCCAAGUAUGAAUUAAAACCAUCUGAACGUAUGCUGAAUAAAUUUUUGGAUGAAGGCGAUGAUCCAGAUGUAGCAUUGGCUCGAGCUGAAGCAGAAUUACUGUCUGGUGUCCAACCUGUUAAAACAGAUGAUGAUAAUAAUCAUCAUAAUAAUGAAGUGAGUGGCGAAGAACAUAUAUCAUCAUCUAAUGAUGACGUCAGUACUGCUCAAGAGGAUGUUGAUAGUCAAUCGAAUCAACGCAAAAGAAAACCGAUAGCUCCUCCACCUGCCUGGUAUGAAAUAGAUGACAGUAAGAAUACACACGUCUACGUGAGUGGAUUACCUCCAACAAUAACUGAUGAUGAAUUCUUAACCCUCAUGUCUAAAUGUGGUGUUAUCAUGAAUGAACCAUUCACUGAUGUACCUCGAUUAAAAUUAUACAAAGAUCAAAAUGGCAAGCCUAAAGGUGAUGGACGAUGUUGUUACAUUAAAGUGGAAUCUGUGGAACUGGCUUUGAAAAUUCUCGAUGGUAUGAUGUAUGCACCAGGUUAUACUGUACACGUGGAACGAGCUAAAUUCCAGCCGAAAGGAGAAUUUGAUCCAAAGAAACGAAGACGUCUAACACUGAAAGAGAAGAAAAAGUUGAAACAACAACAAGAAAACCUUUUCCGAUGGGGUAUCGAUAGUAGUCGAUUUAUACGUGGUAAAAAAGAACGCGUUGUAAUCCUUAAAAAUGCAUUUAAUGAAGCUGAUUUUCAGAAGGAUGUUACGUUGAUUCCAAUUGUAAAAGAACGUUUACGUGUACAAUGUGCUAAAUGUGGUAUCAUUAAAAAGAUUGUUGUUCACGAUGCACAUCCAGAAGGUGUUGUCAGUGUUACCUUCUCCACACCUGAAGAAGCUGACACAGGUAUACAAUUCCUGGCUAAAGCUCUGUUCGAUUAUCCUGGCACUGGAGGUGCUAGACAACUGGAAGCGGAACGUUGGGAUGGUAGAACCAAUUAUAAUGUAUUCGAAUCGAAAGAUAAAGAGGCUAGUCGUUUACAGAAUUGGGAGGAAUAUCUUGGCGGUAGUUCUUCAUCUGGCGAAGAAGAAGAAGGUGGAAAAGGAAAAGGAGAAGGAGUCGUCGAAGGGGAAAAAGAUGGCAAAGGUAAAUUAUCCAUCUCUUCGAGUACUACUCAUAAAGACGAUAAACACAACAACAACAAAAUAAAGAUGAUAAUGAUAAUGAACCUAAUGCUGCAUGUAGACGUACCCAGUUAGCUUUCGAUGUCCCGUCCGAUUAUUGGGAACGAUUAAGUGACGAGGAAGACAGUCAUUCCAGUUGUGUAGAUACAGAUGAUAAUGAUGGCGGAAAUGAUGACAGUGGAGCUGAAACCUCGUAAAUGCGAUUGGCACAAACAAAGUACAAUAUAUAUAUACUUUUGAUAUAAAUGUAUACAUAUUUCUGUUUUGUAUCUUAUUUUCCUCUCUCCUUUCCUCCCCCACUCCCCGUCAUCCGUCUUGAUCUCAUUUUGGUUGUAUAAAUUAUUUCCUCCUAUCUCUACAAACAUACUACAUACUCUGUGUAUAAUAAAUAUCGUUUGUUAAGAGAAGUCCGUGUGGAACGCCAUUAUUAUUAUUAUUAUUAUCAUUAUCGUGUUAUAGUCUUUUUCAUGCGUGUGUGUCGUGUAUGUAUAUAUUGCCAUCAUUCGUUUAGUUUUUAUUGAGAUAAUAAACAUUCGAUUAUUG